ACAGUUUUAUAUGAGAUAUCGUCGGAAUAAGAUGUGUUGAGCGGAAAGCACACCUAGAAAAAAACACAAAUUUUGAAACAGCACAAAAAUAUACCAACAGCAACAACAAAAGAAAAUAUUUAUAAAAAUAACAACAAAGUCUUUCGCAAUAGCAAAUAAAAUUUUGGAAAAAUUAUUGGAAAUUUUGAAACCGUUUACAAAAUCAAAUCACAAAACGGCUUUCGGCAAAAAAGCUUAUUCAGUUUUCCCAUACCAAACAAAAAAAAUUGGGGGGAAAACCAACGAUUUGAUAUUUUAUAUAAAAAAAAAUCUAUUCAAAUUUAUGGCAUUUUCAGUUACAAGUGAAAGUGUUAACCAUUAAAUGCCCACAGAAAAAAAAAUCGAUAAAUAGAAAAAAAUUUGAAACAUAUUUUUUUCUGAAAAUUACCAAAUUGAGAUUAAAUUAAAACCUUUUUGUGAAACCCAAGAGAAAAAUCAACAACAACAACAAAGUUCUAGAGUACCAAACAAAGAAAAUGUUAAAUAAUUUACAUUCAAACUGUGAACAAGUGAAAAAAGCCAAGAAAUUGUGAAAGCCAGUUAUUUGAAAACAAAAAGAUAUUCAAAAAAAAAAAGACCCGUUACCAAGAGGAAAUUUUUGUGCCAUUAAAAAAAGCAAAGUGUUUACAUUUUACACAUUUUAAAUACAUUUUUAUUAACAAUCAAGAAAAUAAAUUAAUUAUUAUCAAUUACAACAUCUGAAGUUGUCCUUAUCUCUCUGUCUCUCUCGCUCCCGCACUCAAUUGGAAUUUGGAAUAUUCAUUGACAUUCAACAGUUAAUAUCAAAAUGAAGGCUGAAGACAAAACUGCCAUACCCAGAGUUCGCAUUGCGGUUAUUGGCCAUGCUGAUGUUGGUAAAUCAGCUCUCACAGUCCGCUAUCUGACGGGACGAUUUAUUGGCGAAUAUCGCUCAAAUACAGAUUUGCUCUACAACAAGACCAUAACAUUGGAGACCGGCCUGACGGAAGUGGAAAUCGUUGAUGUCUAUGCCGGAAGUGUUGAUGGUGAUGAACAAAAUGAAUUUCCCAUGGAACAGGUUCUCUGGUCAGAUGCCUGCAUGAUCGUUUACAAUAUCACACAACGCAGCAGUUUCGAAUAUGCGGCCAAAUGUCUGGCCGAAUUCAAAUCGCUGCAGAAUGCACCCACAGCCUAUUUGGUGGGGAACAAGGCGGAUUUGGAUCAUUUACGAGAGGUCCCCGAAAAAGAAGGUGCCGCCCUUGCCGCUGCCAGCUCAAUUGGUUUCUGCGAGGUUUCGGUUGCCGAAUACACCCCCACCCUAUACAAAGCAUUCGAAAAACUCAUCAUUGACUCCCGUGCCCGUCCCCAGAAACAAAAUCGCAAAUUCUCUGUGAGUAAAAUGUUGGGUACCCUGAUAGGCAACAACAGCUAUAGCCAGAAAUCACUGGGUCCCAUCAAUCAUCAGGGUACCGUGGUGCCCUGUCACAAGGGAGAGCUACACAAAUCGCGGGUCUUGAAAAGGCGCCAGGGUUUUACAGCCACAACCAGUCUGUGACCAGCACGUGAAGACAGUUGGUAAAUCAAAUCAAAAAAACAUGGAACCUGAAUAGCACCCGCAUAACAUAAGCUCAAGUCAAGUAAAAAAAAGAAAAGAAAAAUCAAAUAAAUUUAAGUCUAAGCAUAAGAGAUGAUACUACAAGGAACUAACAGGACAAAUGAUAACCAAAAAAGAAAUGAGAGAUUUUUAUAUAUUUAAUAUUUAAUAAAAAAAACCAUAAUUGAUUUUCUAAUUAUGGUAGCCAAAGAAUUAGGGCCCAAAGAAUGUAAGGGAAAAAACUAUAAAUCUAGGAGAGAAUAAACCCUAGAUCAUUACUAUUAGAAACUAAGAAUUAGUUUUAUAAAAACAAGAGAAAGAAGCAAAUUUUGAAAUUUUUUGUAGAUAAGACAAAUUAGUUAGGCUUUGAAAUGGGUACAGAAAAAUAAUUUAAAAAAUUAGUUAAUUUAAAAUAAAAUUAAGGAUCAAAUCAAUACCUUAUUCCAGAUAAAAAAAAUGUGAAAAUAUGCCAAGCCAAGGGGUAAGAAAAUCAGAGGGGGGGAAAUUUUUCAAAUUAAUCGCGAAAUUUACUCAACAAAAAAAAUUUUAAAGUUUCAAUGUAAGACACUUUUGAGCUACAAAAAUUGCCUAUAGAUCACACAUGUCUGAGCAAGAAUUAUGAGGAACCCUCUAGGGAACAUUUUUGCCAAAGAUAAUUCUGUUCCCCCACCACCCCUUGUCCCUGAAAAUCCAGGGCCAAAAUUCUUUAACAAUUUAAGAAUUUUAUACAAAUGAAAAUUUUAGAGGGAGAAAUAAGGUUUCUCUGAGAGUGUCUUUCCGCUGAGAGUGAGAGAGUUGGUUCUCGAGAGAAAAAGUUUGCUUAAAGGAUGCUCUAUAAAUCCUUCUCAUAUUACAAAGUUCUAUUUCGAAGGCUUGACCCAAAAAUUUAGAGUUGAGUUCAUGACUAUGAACAAAUAAAAAUAUUCAGAAACUCUAAUUAUCGUAAAGAAAACUUCAAAAAAUAUCUUAAAUAACAAAACCACGCCAAAGGAGAAAAUAUAGAGGACCCUUUAUAGAACAUUUUUGCCAAAGAAACUUCUGCUUCUCCACCACUCCUUAUAACGGAAAAUUACGAAAAAACUCGAAGCAUUUUACAAAAAUACACAUUUUAAGAGAGAAAAAAGUUUACUCUGAGAGUAUUUUUCCACUGGGAGUAAGUGAGUUGAUGCCGGAGAGAAAAAGUUUGCUCAAAGGAUACUCUUCAAACUUUUCUCGUACACCAAAGUUCUAUCUCGAAGGCUUGACCUAAAAAAUUAGAAUUGAAUUCACUCUCCCAGUGCUUGACACUCACUAAUACACUCAAUAGAAUUCCGUCUGUUUCGAAAUAUAUUUUGAUGUAUAAAUAUCAUAUAUAGUCGAUUUAUCUCGGAGAAAGAAAUAUAGGGGACCCUUUAAUUAACAUUUUUGCCAAGGAAACCUCCGCUCCCCAACCACUCCUUAUCACUCAAAAUUAUGUGCCAAAAUUGAUAACAUUUCUAAGUAUAUUCUUGAAAUUAGCUUUAUUAAGAGAGGAACGGUUUGUUCUGAGAGUACCUCUCCACUGAGAGUGAUAGUGUUGCACGGUGAGAAAAAAAGUUUGCUCAAAAGAUACUCUACAAAUUGUUCUCAGAAAGUGAACCUCUAUGGUACAAUCUAGUUCCUAAAAAUAGAGAUUUGAGUAAACUACUUUCAUAAAAUGGAGCUAAAAAUGUAAUUUUCAAAUAUUUUGAAAAAUUAUUUUGAGUUAUAAGUUUUAUAAAUAGACGCCUCAUGUCUGAGAAGAAAAUAUAGGGAACCUUUUUAAGAAUAUUUUUGUCAAAAAAAAACCUCCUCCCCCUUUCCUCUUUACCCCUGAAAAUAAUGGACACAAUUUUUAUGUGUCUCAAAACUUGUAUCUCUCUUUUUCAUGGGAAAAUUUUUGAACUCCAGUGAGAGUGAGAGAGUUGGGCCCAAAGAGAAAAAUGUUUAUCAAAGUAUACUCUUCAAAUCUUUCUCAUAUGUGAAGCUUCUAUCUCAAAUUUGAGAAUCUAAAAAAUUUGUCGCAAGUUAACCAACUCCAUGAAAUGUAGCCAAGAAAUUUCGAUAUAAUUUUCCAUAUUUUGAAAAUAAAUUUUGAGAUUGAAAUCGAAAUUCUCGGUCAUCUUUGUCUGAGAAGAAAAUAAGGAGGAGACUUUUAUGAAUAUUUUUGCCAUAGAAACCCCUGCUCUAACUACUCUCUUUGUCACGAAUAUUAUGUCUCACAAAAAUAAAACAUUUCAAGACUAGUGAGGGUUUCAAUGCAUUGUGGACUUCGAUAUUAUUUUUGAUAAUUUCAAUUCCACCUGAGAAGCUUAAAUUUUUUGAGAAUUUUUCUCAUUUUUUAAACCCCCUCCUCUUACCCAUAGUUUUAUAUCUCUCUUUGAAUAAGUAUUUUCACAACUUAACCCCCUAGAUCGCAGGUCGAUAUCAUACGGGAAAAUUUCAAUUCUGGAAAUUGAUUUUUUUCUCUAAUUUUAUUUUAAUUAAAAAUUUCAUUUAAAUUAUUUUUCUGUACCCACCACCUCUAAGGCAUGCAAAACAAAAAUAUACCAACAAAAAAUUGGAAAUUUUUAGAAAAUAUUUUUGUAAAAUGGGAAUAUUGAAACAGACAUAAGUACUUGGUACAGACAUAAGAAAAAAAAAAAACAUUUUUGUAAUAAUUAGAAAAAACAAACAAACUUUUGUAAACUAUUGUUAAGUAACAUAAGAUGUACUCAAAAAAGAAAAAGGAAAAAUAAUUAAGAUAUUUUUUGUAAGCAGAAUUAUGGCAAAAAGGAAAUAAGAUUGGCAAGUAAUGUUUUUGUUUUUCUAAGUUUUUAUUAGAAAAUCAAUGGAGUUAUUGAUAAAACAAAACUAACUCAAAUCAAAUAAUUGUCUCCUAAAUGGAAUUUUGAAUGGAUCAAAAAACGCCUACAGCAAUAGUUUCAAAUUUCAUUGUUUAAAUGUCACAAGUCUAAAUGUUAAAAUACAAAUAACCCAA